AUUGCUGCUAUUUGACCCUUUCUUCCAAGAUCUCUUUUCCAUAGAGUUCGAAGUAGUGCAAUUAAGUUCAUAAUUUUCAUGGAUUUGGCAAUAUCAAAUGAUGAAUUCAUGGGCAUUUUCGUGCCAAUUCUGGUCUAUUGGAUAUACUCAGGGAUGUAUGUGAUCUUAGAGUCUUUUGAGAAAUACAAGUUGCAUUCCAAGAAAGAAGAGGAGGAGAAGAAUUUGGUGUCCAGAAAAACGGUCAUCAUGGGUGUUCUUCUCCAGCAAACCUUUCAGGCUAUUGUCUUCUUCCUCUUGUUUAAGGCGACAGGAGGAAAUGAUGCUGGGGAGGAUUCUGCUGUGCAACCAUCUUCCUUUAUUGUUAUAGCUAGACAACUUGUUGUAGCUAUGCUGUUUUUGGAUACUUACCAAUAUUUCACACACAGAUACAUGCACCACAACAAAAUCCUAUAUCGACACUUCCAUUCUCAUCAUCACCGGCUUGUUAUACCCUAUGCAUUUGGAGCUUUCUACAGUCACCAAGUUGAUGGGCUUCUCUUUGACACCAUCGGGGGAGCCUUAUCGGCUUUUCUGUCUGGCAUGUCUCCCCGAACUUCCUGCUAUUUCUCCUGCUUUGCCACUAUCAAAGCAAUAGAUGACCAUUGUGGAAUGUUGCUACCUGGAAACCCCUUUCAUAUAUUUUUUUGGAACAAUACUGCAUUCCAUUAUAUCCACCAUCAGCUUCAUAGCGCCAAAUACAACUUCUCACAACCUUUCUUCAUUAUGUGGGAUAGAAUUAUGGGAACCUAUAUGCCUUAUUCGCUUGAAAAAAGAGCAGAAGGGGGCUUCGAAGUACGGCCUAUAAAAGAGAGCAAGGAUGAUUGA